GUAAGCUGGUGUAAGUAACGGGCUGCUGGAGACGGAGACGCCUGAGUUCAUUUGUUCAUUUUUAAACGUCUGGAUCCUGUUUUGUCGAUAGUCAGAACUUCUAAGCUGCACACUCACUUCUAAACUAAACUCUCUAACUAUCUGGACAUCAUAUAGUCGAGAGUUCCAGCUGACAUCUGCCGAGCACACUUCCUUCUCCACCGGACUGAUUUCGCCAUGUCCACCGCGGAUGUGUCGGAGCAGAACCGGCGCUGUUGUGUUUUGUCCUGGGAGCAGGUGCAGCGUCUGGACUCCAUUCUGGGAGAAUGUGUUCCGAUCCACGGCCGGGGGAACUUCCCUACACUCUCCGUUCAGCCGCGGCAUAUCGUACAGGUGGUGCGGGCUCGUCUAGAGGAGCGGGGUGUAAAGGUGCGUGAUGUGAAGCUCAAUGGCUCUGCUGCAAGUUACGUUCUCCACCAGGACACUGGCCUAGGUUACAAAGACCUGGACCUCAUUUUUGGCCUGAGUCUGACUGAUGACAAGACUUUUCGUCUGGUGAAAGACGUUGUCCUGGACUGUCUCCUAGAGUUCCUGCCUGCUGGUGUGAGCCGGGACCGCAUUACCGCUCUCACCCUGAAGGAAGCAUAUGUGCAGAAGCUGGUGAAGGUUUGCAAUGACACUGACCGCUGGAGCCUCAUCUCACUUUCCAACAACACUGGCAAGAAUGUUGAGCUGAAGUUUGUGGACUCCCUUCGACGGCAGUUUGAGUUCAGCGUGGACUCAUUUCAGAUUGGAUUGGACUCAUUGCUACUUUUUGACCGCUGCUCUGAGACACCAAUGUCUGAGAGUUUCCAUCCCACUGUGCUCGGAGAGAGCAUGUAUGGAGACUUUGAAGAAGCGCUGGGACACCUACAUGCCAAAAUCAUUGCUACACACAGCCCGGAAGAAAUCCGCGGCGGGGGACUCUUGAAGUACUGCCACCUGUUGGUCAGAGGUUUUCGUCCAGCCUCCGAGGCUCAGAUGAAGACACUUCAGCGCUACAUGUGCUCUCGCUUCUUUAUUGACUUUUCUGACAUCAAUGAGCAGCAGAGGAAGCUGGAGGCGUACCUGCAGAACCACUUUAAUGGGAUGGAGCACAAGCGGUAUGAUUGCCUCGUGACUCUCCAUCGCGUGGUAGAUGAAAGUACCGUAUGUCUCAUGGGCCAUGAGCGAAGACAGACACUUGCGCUCAUCUCCUCUCUUGCGCUACGAGUGUUGGCCGAACAGAAUGCAAUUCCUGCAUUGUCCAAUGUAACGUGUUACUACCAACCAGCGCCCUAUGUCAGAGACGUCAACUUCAGCAACUAUUAUGUAGCACAUGUGCAUUCCCCCAUUUCCACCUGUAACAACUCCUAUCAGACAUGGAUGGCUUGUAGCUGAGCAAUGAAGGGACAGAAACACUGUUGGGGAAUAUUUGCAGUCUUCAGAGGGUGUUUGUUUGAAACCAUUGGACUUUUCAGAAUGAAUGUCACUAAAGUCUGCACACAUCACAUUUCACAUCAAUUUCAAAAGAAAGAAAGUGUAUUUAGAUUAAGAAGUUUUCAGUUGACCCUCCCAGGAAACCACUCUUUUACAGUUUUUUGAGUCCAUAAUUUUGUUGAUCUUUUAACUCCAUCAUAUGGGUUGGUUGUUUGAUGGACAAAAUGACAGAUAGCAACAUGAACACAUACUUUCAGUGCUGUGAUUGGUCAAAUUGUCUGUCAAUCAAAUUACAUUCAAAGGGUCAGUAACUACUUGUGAUUUAAUAAUAAUAAUAAUAGUAAUAAUUGAGCGUCCCGGUGGUGCAGUGGGUAACACGAUCAACAAGAAGGUCACUGGUUCGAGCCCCAGCUAGGUCAGUUGGCAUUUAUGUAUGAAGUUUGUAUGUUCUUCCCAAGCUGGCGUGGGUUACCCCCACAGUCCAAAGACAUGCAGUAUAUGUGAAUUGAAUAAGCUAAAUUAGCCUUAGUGUAUAUGUGUGUAAAUGCAAGAGUGUAUGGGUGUUUCCCAGUGUUGGGUUGUGGCUGGAAGGGCAUCCGCUGCGUAAAACAUAUAAUAGAUAAGUUGGCGAUUCAUUCCGCUGUGGUGAUCCCUGAUUAAUAAAGGGACUAAGCCAAAAAGGAAAUGAAUGAAUGAUGAAUAAUAAUUAAAUGCAGUAUUGCUUUACAGUAUUACAGUUGAAAUUGAACGAUCUGCUAUGUGAAUUGGCAAACAAAUUCAAGGUACAACAAAUACUAAACCUGUAUUUAAAGAUGUAGAUAUAGAGUUUAGAUAUGUUAUUAUUGUCAUAAAAAGAAAACAAAAAAUACAAGGACAAAAAAAUAUUAAUGGCCCUGAAAUAAGUCUUCAUUUUCCUCAUGCAAAAUAAAUAAACAUUUUCCUGAUUUAUUUAAAAUAUUUAUAUUUCCCUUUUGAUGUUGAGGUGAAAUAUGAACCAGAAAUGUUAUAUUCGUGAGAUUUAUCAUCCAACUGUAGCAAGUGUUUUGGAAGGAGAGCAAAUGUAAGGUAUUAUGUGUUAAUAUUGAUGCCACCCAUCCACUGCUUUUAUAUUGAACUCUGCUGUACUGGAAGACUCAAACUGACUCAAAUCCCUCCAAAUCUAUUGAAAAGCAUUUUGUGAGGAUUUAAACCAGUGCAGAUGCUAUGAUAACAAUAUACGUUGUGGGGAAAAAUGGGACAAAUGUUUAAAGCACUUCUCUAUUUUAUAUUCACGUGUAACCCUUUUAUGUUUUUAUAAAUGUAAUGUUUUUUUUAAGUUAUGAAGCACACUUUUUGCUGAAGUUAUAGGGAAAAGAGGAAAAAAAACAGUAAAACUGGAAUACUGGGUUCGGUUUUAACAGUGGUUUCCUGCUUUCCUUAUUUGAAAAACUGAGGACCAAAGACUUUAGAUGUAGCAGUUUAAGUGGAAUGUUACUUCUGUGACUUUAAGUGCCUGAAACCAACUAUAAAACUCAAAUGUAUGUAAAUUAAAA